CUUCAAAUUCCAAUUGAAUGCAGUUAUAGACAGUUCUCCCUCUUAACUUCUCCAAUGCCGAAAUCCGCCAUCCAUGUCUCAGUCGCCAUCGCCGGAAAAUCCACUCCAAUCUGCAGGAUUUCGACUCGGCGGUGUAAAGAGCUCAACUUUGAGAUAUGAUGAUCGCCGCAGCGGUGCUGGUGGCGGUUAUCCUUCUGGUAGCUUUCUUUGUGAUCCCACGAGGCCCAAAAUAUGGCCGCAGCAUACUACCCGAGUCUUUGACAUGAUCGACGACUUCGUAUCGGGGAUCUGGUGCUGUGACCAACUUCGAGUCAUUACUUUGAGAUUCCAUUCUUCUCUUUGCAUUUUCUUUUCAUGCAACACUGCUGUAUCUGUAAGAAAGCCCUUCAAAACUCGUAUUUCAUAGGAAAAAAACACUUAUAUUUUGC